AUGUUAAGCUCGCGAGACACAGACAGCCGGAGGAUAUCAAGAAGAGGCAUAGGGCGAGCUUGUGCGAUCGAAUUCGCAAAGCAAGGAGCAUCUGGCUUAAUUUUGCACUACCUUGGGGAUGCGGAAACGGAAGGAGAGAUACAGCCGUUGAAGGCAGAUCUUGAAAGACAAGGUGUCCGCACUGUGGCUAUUCCGGGCGAUAUUGCUCUUCUUGAAACAUCAGCAAAGAUCAUUCAGGCAGGAGUCGAGGCUUUUGGACGUAUCGAUAUAUUGGUUUCCAACGUCGGAAUUUGUCCCUUCUCGGACUUCUUGACCAUGCCACUGGAGACUUGGGAACGGACGCGUCAGGUCAACCUCGACGGGACCUUCUACAUUGUGCAAGCGGCCGCUGUCCAAAUGGCAAAACAAACACCUCAAGGAGGAUCCCUCAUUGCGAUCUCUUCGAUUUCUGGGCUUCUUGGUGGCGCUCAACAGUGCCACUACGGACCAACGAAAGCCGCCAUAACCUCCCUGAUGCAGAACUGUGCCGUCGCGUUGGGCAAAUACGGGAUUCGGGCAAAUGCAAUCCUUCCUGGGACGGUUGCCACCGAUAUCAACAAAGAAGAUCUAAAGGAUCUCAAGAAGAAGGAAUACAUGAUUAAUCGCACCCUUCUUGGGAGACUCGGCACCCCAGAAGACAUUGCUGGACCAGUCCUGUUUCUUGCAAGCGACUUAGCGAAGUACGUCACGGGAGCAUCUUUAGUCGUCGAUGGCGGUUUGUUCGUGAAUUUCCAGUAA